UUAUCAGAUGUUUAAAUUUUAGAACACAAUUUAGUGCAUGACAGUUGUAUAAAUAAGCAGUGGAUUACAAAGAAAAUUAUGAUAAAUAUUAACACAACAAAAGCAUGUCUAAAAUUCAGACUCUUAUCUUUGCCUCAGCCCUUCUUGGUACCGUGUAUAGUGCAUGUGAAAGUGGUUGGAGGCAUUUUGGCGGCCAUUGCUACCGAUUCACAACAGAAAAGCAACCAUGGGUUGAAGCAAGGAAAAUGUGUCAAUGGCAUAAUAGUGAUCUUGUUGUCAUAGAGACAACCGAAGAACAAACAUGGGUUCGCAAACAAGCAUUAACAUUUAAUCACACCGACGUCGACAGUGGUUUCUGGCUUGGCGGAGUCAAUUUUAACAAUGAUGGAAAUUGGAUAUGGGAACCAACAAAUAAGCCAUUGACAUACGCACCAUGGGGUACUUCACCUCAACAGCCAAACAACGUAAACAACAGAGAAUUUUGCUUAGCAUCAAUAAAAUAUUUUGAUUAUAGUUGGAGUGACGAGUAUUGUAAUUGGGAUGUGCUGCAAUACGUAUGUGAGAAAAAGAAUACUGCUACACACAUAGUUGGUUAGAAUGCAUUCAUCGUCACAUAAUUUUCCCUGUGAACAUUCUAUUAAAUAAAUUUAAGGAACGAAUAAACGUACAAAAUGAGAUAA